AUCAGAUUUUCCUCGAGAGCGAAACGAUUCGGAGGAGCAAAUAAAAAACGCAGAGCUGCGCAGUUUUCAAUUGUUUACUUGAAAUUUUAAACCGAACCUCUGCACAUAGACGCCUUUCAUAAAAAUAACAAUGGCUAGCGGAUCCCAAGGGCGUGCCAAAGAAUUCGACUUCAAGAUACUGUGCGAGACCUUUGCCGAGAUAUGUCCAGACUUUCGAGAUGUUCCCGCCCUCGGAACCGGAGCGGUCAAGAUGGAGAGCCUGGAUUUCGCCAACCGGGUGAUUUUCGAGUUGGGUCCCACGAUGCGGCAGCUGAAGCAAAGUGGCAGGGAUCAAAUGUGGCGCCUGGUCUUCAAUGGAGGCGGCAGUGUCUACAUCUACACGUAUACGUUCCAGAAACCUAUCGCCGGACAGCCGCGCCUCGGUGGCGGAAAGCUUUAUCUGACCCUCAAGCAGGCGGGUUUGCUGGCGAUUAAGAAGCUCUGUGCUCUGUUGCCGGAGUAUCACAAUCCGCGGGACAAAAUUCUGCUGACGCCGCUGGCCAGAGCUGUCUUUGAGCCCCCGAAUAUCCAGAAGAUUGCCUCUGGACUGACCAAUCUUCUGGGGCGUCGAGUGGAUUGCAGCGAUGUGGUGCGGGCUGUGAUUAGCAGCUGCCAGAGCGACGGCUUCCACUUGGAGCACAGCGAGAGCCACGUCGCCCUGGUGGCCGUGGGUGCCACAACUCGGGACUCCGCCGAACGCAAAAAGCUCAGGAGGAAGACCCUCAAGCAGUACUCCAAUCAUGGCAAGGCCUUUGACCUCAAUCAGUACAAGCUUUACACUAGAUUCUCCAAAAUGGCGAGGGAAAUCGCUGAGGAGCCACCACUUCCCGAUCCCGAACCACCCACAGAUAAUCCUCCCAUGCGUAUGCGCAAGGUUAGUGAGGUACUACGUUCAAUUGCCAAGUCCAGCGAUGAUCCACUGAGUGGCGAAACCAUCGAUAUGAAGUUCAAGGCUCUGCCGAAUCGGGAGAAGAGAGCCGAAGUGGAGGCUAUGCCAAUGUCCAUGGAUGUUUGCCUUGAGGGAACCUGCAUGGAGCGCAUAAGAUCCAAAUUAUUGGCACCAGGCCAGCAAUCUGGUUGGUCAGCUGGUGGUGUCUGAAAGGAAAGUAUCGAAACGAUUUUUAAUAUAAUUUUACACUUAUGACUAUUCCUGUAUUAAAAUGUAAAAC